CCGCUGUAGCGCGGGAUUCGGGGGACCGUGCGCCAAAAAAGUUGUGGAGCUCGUGUCGACGGUAGACUGUGAUUUCAACUCCUUUAACUUCAAUAUCGGAGCACAUGCAAUAAUGAACUGCCUUACUUAUUUCAAAGGUUUAAACCUCUUUUGUCGCUCGAUACACUCCGUUCAACGCACAGUCACAUUGAUCAAACCGAUUACGCCCGCUUUACUUCCGUCACGAUCCUAUUCCGCCGUUCCUCCAGAUGAGCAUGUCCCAGAUGAGAAACCAGCAUGGCUGAGACAGAAACUGGCUUUGAAAGAGAAACUCGGCGGAGAGGCGUGGAAUCCGCGCAAGAAACUUUCCCCUGAUACACAGGAAGGCAUACGGCAUUUGCACGCGACACAGCCGGACAAAUUUACCCUCCCCGUCCUCGCCGAACAUUUCAAAAUCUCCAAGGAUGCUAUCCGGCGCAUACUCAAGAGCAAGUGGAGGCCUUCAGAUGAAGAGCAAGAGGAUCGCAUGCGCAGAUGGGAUAAACGCGGCGAGAAGAUAUGGUCCAAUUUGGUAGAGUUGGGCGUUAAGCCCCCCAAGAAAUGGAGAGAGAUGGGUGUCGGCAGGGCCACACGCGGCGCAAAGCCCAGGUGGAAGACUGGAGAAAGAAAUUCGGUGCCAGUCAAUGACAGUGUCGCUGACCCUUAUCAAGAUUUCGAGGAUAUCCUGCCGAUUGUAGAUGGGAAAGCGGAGAAUAAUCGAAAACCUCAAGAUAACAUGACGUUGGAGGAGCGCUUGGGAUUGUGA